GCACACCCAGCAGAUCCAUCCCAGCGUUCGUUGAGCAGACCCAGCCGAUCGCGCCAGUCCCAGCGAAGGCCGUCCAAAUUGCUGUUCAAUCUGUGAGGAUCGGCCAAAUUGAAAAGAUCUGACUUCAAGAGUUGUUUCACCAGUUCCUCCGUCUAGUUGCUUUGUCGACAGAUUUGAUUUUUGUCCGUCAAUUUCAGCGAUUCCUUGCUUCGCCGAACCAUAAAAAAAAAAACUCACACCAUGGCGGACAAAUUAAGUGGGGAUAAAAUGGUUUGGUUAAUGUCGGUGAUUGAUUCUUUUUCGUCCAAUCAAAUGAAUGGACCGUUCGUCGAAGAUAGUGAUUGGACAGGGUGAUUUGCGAAACGGCGUGUAUGUCUUUGCCUCAGUUCCCGCGUCAGCCCUCGUAGCCAACAUCGAUCCCUUUGUUCUUCAUCAACGGUUUAAUAUUGAAGAUUCAUUUUUGCAUCUCAAAGAUGUGCCUGCCAUUUUAAUUUGGGUUGAUACUUGCAGUUUUUGGAUAGAUAAUUGCAAUUUUUUGGAAUGUCACUUUUUUUACUUUGGAACUGCCGAGAGCAAUGAGUAUCAUCAGUUGGAACUGCCGCGGGCUGGGCAACCUGCGGACAGUUCAGGAAGUGGCGGAGCUCGUCUUCUCUAAAAAGCCUGAUUUUGUUUUUCUGAUGGAAACUAAAGGUGCUCGUGAUAAGGCCGAAGUUCUUCGUGUUAAGAUUGGUUUUGAGGGAUUGUUUGCGGUGGACAGUGUUGGUGCAAGUGGUGGUUUGGCGUUACUCUGGAGGUCAAACCGCUCGGUUAAUCUCAUUAGUUACUCACGGUUUCACGUUGAUGUUAUGGGAUACCCUUUCACAUGGGAGCGUGGUAGAGGCACGGAGAAUUGGGUUGAAGAACGUCUGGAUCGUGCCGUUAGUACUUGUGAAUGGCGCGUGCUUCAUCCCCAUGCUUGCGUAAUAAAUCAACCCAUGCGAACAUCUGACCAUUCUGCUUUGUUUUUAUGUCUAACUAAACCGUGUACUCCGCGGCGGAUGAAACAGUUCCAGUUUGAAAAUGCAUGGCUUCGUGAUGACGGUUAUAAGGAUGUGAUCAAGGAGGCCUGGAAUUCAUCGUCAACACUUUCUCUCCAGGACAGGUUGGGUUAUUGUGGCAAGAAGUUGAUGGCUUGGGGGGGUGAUAAGAUGCAUAAAUUUGGUAAACAGAUCAAGCAUUUAAAGGCUAAGGUGGAAAGAUUUAGGGGGUGUCGUAGUGCUACAGGGUUGAGGGAGUUUAAUCGACUUGACGGGGAGUUGUCGAAACUCUUGGAACAGGAGGAUAUUUAUUGGCGUCAACGGGCUAAGCAACAUUGGCUCCGGUCGGCGGAUGCUAACACUAAGUAUUUCCAUCAAUAUGCAUCUUAUCGGAGAAAGAAGAACCAUAUUGCCCGGUUACAGGAUGAAUAUGUGUGGGAACGCAGUAGUUUCCGGGUUGCUAAUCGAUCGGCGACGAGUUCGUUCUCGGACUGGGUUCAGUUGGUGUUUCAGACGGCCACGUCCAGUCUGGUUGGUGCUGGUGGAGUGAUUUUCUCCUCUUCUAAGGAAUUUCAAGCGGCUUUUACUCGACGGUUGUGGUGCCCGCAAGAUCCGUUGUUGGCAGAAGCUAUGGCAUACCGGGAGACUUUGUCGUGGCUCAAAAGUCUUGGAGUCCAGGUUGCUGUUAUCUUUUCUGAUUGUUUUCGUGUCGUAGAGGCAAUUAAUGAUAGUGGUGUGUCGGAUUGUGCUUCUUAUUUUGGGUCUUUGAUUGAUGACUGUAAGGCCCUCAUGGCCUCGUUUGAAUCUGUUUUGGUUUCUCAUGUUCGUAGAAAUCUCAAUGUGGUAGCGCAUACGUUAGCUAGACGAGUUGAAACUCAAACAGGUGAUUGAGAUUUUGUCCCCCCUGAUUUUCUUAUGUCUCUUUUGAAUUAAUGAAAGUUGGUUGUUCUAAAAAAAACCGUAUUCGCAUCCGUCGGAAAUGGGUUAGAUAUCGGAUAUAUCUGUUUCUAAAUUUUCAAAGUCAGAUUAAACUAUAUAUAAAGUAGUAAAGACUUUAAUAUAUU